AUGUCUACCCGUCAGACCCGAAGAAAGUCUGCCAAAUUGCGCGAAGCUGCGGCCUCUGCAGCCGCGACAUCGUCCGACGACGAUCGGCAACCCAUAAUGAAUGGCAAUGGCUCUGCGUAUCACACGCCGGAAGCUACGGAUGUCGAGCAAGAUGAGAACAUCUUCUUGUUCUGGCCCAACAUUAUCGGCUACAUCCGUAUCGUCCUUGCCAUCGCUUCCCUAUACUACAUGCCCGUCCACCCCCGAACCUGCUCGGUCCUUUACAGCAUCUCCUGCUUGCUGGAUGCAUUUGAUGGCUACGCUGCCCGUAUCUUCGAACAGUCUACUCGCUUCGGUGCCGUCCUCGACAUGGUUACUGAUCGCUGCACAACGUCAUGCCUGCUCGUCUUCCUCUCUUCCGCCUUCCCACGGUGGGCUAUCCUCUUCCAGGGCCUGAUUGCCCUCGACUUUUCCAGCCACUACAUGCACAUGUAUGCCACCCUCGUGGUUUGCGGCUCUGACUCGAGUCACAAGAAUAUCGACAAGAGUCAGAACUGGCUCCUCAAUUUGUACUACACCAACAAGAAGGUCUUGUUCACUCUAUGUGCUCUCAAUGAGCUCUUCUUCAUUGGCCUCUACCUUUUGGCUUUCUCGUCGCCUUGGCUGUCUCCCCACUUGAUCAAGAGCGUCGAGGAGACCAGCGGCGGUUUCGUCAACCCCGGUGCUCCAGUCAACACGUCGCUGCUCCGACAGAUGUUCCCCGACCCUUUCAGCGCUUCCGCGCUGGAGAUUGCUCGUGCGAACAAGAUGGACUCUCUUGUUCCCUGGGCCAUUGCUGGUGUCAACCUGCCUUUCAUGGUUAUUAAGCAGGUCAUCAACGGAGUCCAGUUGUACAACGCCAGCAAGUGGCUGGCCGAUGUUGAUGUCAGAGUUCGCAAGGAGCAGGGCCUUCCACGCAGGAAUAGGACCAAACGUCUCUAG